AUGCAUGAAGGAGAUGGAGCGGCAUACAACGCAACACGGGCAGAGCGCUUUGAGAGGUUUUUGCCAGCCGAGACCUUCCCGCCGUCGUACACUCAAGUAGCCACUUCAGCGGGAGAAAAGGAGUUGCUCGCGGCAACGGAAUUAUUCAGGGCAGAGUACCAUGAGUACUACCCGGACCGUGCCCCAUUGCUUCUUACUCCAUUGAACGAGUGCCAUGCACGUAAAAUGAUAUGCACCUUUAUUAAACCGACCGUCUUCCCCUUUGAGGAGUUGUUUGAUCUGGGGCCAUGCGCGCGGUACUUUGCAGGGUACAUGCGUUACGAGCCACUGGAAGACCUGGAGAAGUUACCGGAGGUUGUCGUGUCUCCAGCGACAGCACUGCAGUGGCGAGUGGGCAACUGCUUUGAGCUGAGCCUUCUCCUUGCGUCCGUACUGGCGGGCGCUGGGUACAAUGUAUACGUGGUCGUUGGCUACGCGCGGCGGUUUGUCUGCUACAAUGACUCCUCAAAGCGCAUGUGGAACGACAGUGAGGGCCUUUUUCAUGAAGUUGAGUCCAAUGAUGAGCAGGAGGUGGAGCCGGAGCUGGAUGCGGAGUACGCUCAACUUGUGACAGGCCGGCCAGUGCUGCGUGGCGUCCAUGAUCCUGAGCCCGCCGCUUUGCAGCCAAAAGAGGUUGCGCCGCGGGAAAAACAAAUCACGAACACCACAGGAAUUGGAAUGGGCAUCGCGGGUGAUGAGGGGGAAACAGCGAAGUCGGUGCGGAGCGCAGAUUCCCAACCGUUCGAUGACGGGAAGCAAGAAGAAGUAGAACAACAACCACAACCACAACAAAAACAACACAUGCCCCAGAAAAAUCUGCACAGCUGGCUGCUUGUCUUGCCGGGUGGUCGCAAAAGUCAGAAGGAGGCUCUCUUUGUUGAGCCCUCCACUGGGGAUUUGAUCCCACACAACACGGCAGACGCCUUCUACACUGGAAUUGAGGUCGUUUUUAAUAGACGCAACUACCAGGUAAAUCUUGCCCCUAAUGCUCCAGUGAGCGCCCUGACGCUUGACCUGGAUGACGGUACACAGUGGGAAGGCAUGCUGUUUGACCUGGAUGCGGAGGAAGAACGCGAUCUGAACCUGCAGACAACCACAAGUGGUACCGGUGAUCGAUUUAAUUACACCACCACUCCCGGUGUGCGGUGGCGGACGCAUGGAGGGGAUAUAAGCACACAAAAUUUAGCCUCUACCACCUUUGUUGGCGCUGCCACUAUCAGUGGCAGUAUUCCUUCAUUAGCUGCCGCCGCCACUGUGAAUGUGCUCACGCAUUCUGCGCGGGAUAAAGGGCCGCGGCGAGGCUUCAUCUCGUGGGUAAAAGACUUAACCCUCAACCGUGAACAGUACGAGGGUCGCUAUCCAGGUGGCAAGAAGUCUAUAAAAUACGCUAAUGCGGAGGUACGUUGUUUUGCGCCAUACGCGAUGCCAGAUCUCCGCGUUAUGGAAGUACGACUCCCUGAUACGACGUAUCGCCAUCAAAAGCAGGUUCACACGCUCUUUAAGCACCGCGCCGACAGGCUGCGUCGCCGUUCCGUUUACCCAUCCAAGGGAGAGGAAUACGGGGACAACGCCGGGAAGGAUGGUGAUAUGGAUGAUGAUGGGCGCAACUUCUAUGGGAAUGCUACCGCUCGCGUUGGUGAGGCAGCAUCGUUUCGUUUGGUGAAGGAGUGGUAUGAGCGGGGUAGAAUGCGGGAGGCAUCGGUGGAGGGAUUGCGCCUCUUCACGCAUGAGCCUGGAGUGGAGCGCACCAUGAAUUUCUACUGGGACGCGCGGGAUGACGGUUUGUGGCGUCGCCAAGAGUUUUUCUACGAAGGAUGCAUGUUACGUAAGGUGAAGGAAUUUUACCGGCAGCGGGACGACCGUCUGUGGUACCGUAGUGCGUCUUUUGAGCGUAUCACCUCCGUUUUGCGGGUUUCAAGAAAUCGUGGCAGCCUCUUUUGCGAUCGCCCCAACGACGAGAAGCAAAGAUUGGAGCCUGUGCGAAUGAGUGAAAAGUAUCAUCGCAAUGAAGCGAUUCCGCCGGACGAGGAUGUGGCAAAAUAUACAUUUGUGCGGUUUACAGGCGGCAACGGCGGUGAGAUGUGGGUGUAUUUCCACUACCGCCCCGACAGUAUGAUACGCCCCUACCGUAUGUACACAAAAGGGCCACGUGGGGAGGAGUACUUGGCGUCGACAGUCGUCGGCAACGCCCCAGCCGCCCUGCCCUCCACCGUUGUACUCAUGCCGAACGCCGAGGAACCCUCUGAGCUGGAGCAGUACAAUGAAAGGAAGCGCCUCGCAUGGUGGGAGAGUUUCUGCCUUGGCAAGGUGUACAGCAUGAUGGCGGAGUGUAAUGGCAUCCUCAGCGCAAUGCGCGAUGCACGUGUGCCGGAGGUGCGAAGUGUUCUUUCUGUCUUUGACACGCUGCGCAACCGGCCGCAUGAGACGGAGGCAGAUCGGGCGCGCAAACUUGCGGAGGAGGCCUCACGCGAGGCGUCACGCAAGGACUAUCUUGCACCAUACAUUGCGAAGCUGGCACUCCCGAGCAGUUUUGAUGGCGACUACUUGAAUGUCUCUCUUAGCAUUGACCAGGCACGAAAGGUGCGGGACGAGGCCCUGCAGGAACUGAAGGAGCGCCUCAUUCAGCGCGGUCACAUUAUGCAAUCGCAGAUGGACGCGGAGAAAAGAGACUUUAACGAAAGGCAGGCCGCGUAUCAGAGUAAGUUAGACGCCGCAGGGCUCGACGCGGGCCGAGAAGAGGAGGAAUUUGCGCAAUACUGCAAAGAGGCCACUUGGCGCAUGAAGACACUCGACGAGCGGCUCUCCAAACACAUUGAUCAGUCCAGUGAGAGAUACGCCCAACUCGCCCAGCGCCUCUCAGAAGAUCCGCGGCUCAAGGCAUUAUACAAAGUGCAGCAAUAUUCGUCUUAA